AUGGCCUUCCUUCCCAAAGCUGAUGGGAUCAUCCUGCGACCGGCCUCUGUAGUCUUGCCGUCAUCUCGGCCGAAGGUCGUAGGCCCAAUAUUUGACCGUGACAAUUUUGACAAACCGAUCAAGGCCUGGUCGUCAGACGACGAAAAAGCCUUCUCCUCCGAGUUCAAUGCAUUCUCGGAACAUUCCGUUCCAGAGAAGCCUGCUGACUUCUCCGAACGAUAUCUGCGAGCGCAUCUAUCUGAGCACGAGCGCCUGCGGCUUUCGGUGAUGUGGUAUUAUGCCCGCGAUAUCCUCCAAGAAGAUGAAUUCCUCGCUGGUCUCCAAGAAAAGGCGCAGUUGGCGCAGGAGUCAACAGACUGGGAAUACGCCGUGAUUGGGAUCCUCGAUGUCGAUGUCUAUAUUCGCCUGGCGACUGUUGGUCUUGAACUUGGCAUUUUGCCGCGUGGAGAGACGAUAUGUGCUCAUACCGUCACUCAGCCUCCUGGUAAUGUGUUUCUUUUGCCAAGUCUGAUGGAAGACUGGCGGUUUCGAAGAUGCCCAUAUCUCGAAGAUGGCGAAUUACAUGCCUAUGCUGGAGUGCCACUUCGAUUCAAGACUGAAUCGGGACCGACUGUCAGCCUUGGCUCUCUUUGUGUCGCUUCGGGUCAAAGUCGGGAACCUUUGACUAAAGCUCAGCACCAGACUUUGGUGCGUCUCGGCGACUGGGUCGUGUCUGAUCUGGUACAAUGGACAAGAGCAAGGCGCCAGCGUGAUCGACUGCGCAUGUCUGCACUUCUCAACAGCGCGCAGAACCGAAUUGACAUGAAUAAGACUGUGUCUGUCGAGCCUAUCAUGGAGAUCUUGCGACAGGUAUAUCCGGACACAACGGUUUUCCUUCAACCUUCUCGAGUCACACAUGUUGAAUUGGAUGGACUCGAUCCGAUUCCCAUUGAAGAACUCGAGAAAGGCCCGUGGGAAAAUGUAGAGUAUCUCGAGGACUUCAUCGCCAACCGCAACCAUCUUCCGACUCCAGCAGAUCGGCCUGCGCGAAUCAUGUCUGCGCCAUGCGAUGCCAUCUCUGGACCGUCGCUCCUUGUUGUAGUAACCAAUGAUUUCCACUUCGUCUUUGAUGACGCGGAUGCAUGUUUCAUCCAAGCCUGUGCAGAUGCUCUUACGCAAAUGUGGCGGAAAAGCUUGCUGGCAGAGGCCAUGAUCGCCAAGGAAAAAUUUCUUCGCGCUUUCUCACACCAACUCCGCACGCCAGUCCAUGGUAUUUUGGGAUCUGUUGAGCUUCUGAGUGAGGAGCUUAAAUCACGGAGCUUGACCGGGGUUGAUCUCCCGGCGUCUUCUCCGAAAUUCGAUGCAGCCUCAGAAAAGCCUGCCGGCGAACCGUCGACGUAUCUAGACAUCAUCAAAAUGGCUGGCCGUGAUCUCAUCUCCAUCAUCGAUAACUUGAUCAUGCUGAACAAAUGGUCCGACAUUGCUAUGACCGAGCGACAAUAUCAAGUGCACACGCUUGAUGACCUGGAAACCCAAGUCGCCGAACACAUUACCCAGUCCAUCUCUGGAGACUCACGCUAUACUUGCUCUGUCUUUCUUGAUCAAAAGCCGCAAGUUGGUCAUGAAGUGACAUUUUCCACCGACAUGACGGUUCUCCGCGAUACUCUGUUGCCACUUAUCGUAAACUCAUUACAGCACGCGCCGAGGGGGCUUGUCUCAAUCACUACAUCGAUAUCAAUUGAAACAAAACAGCUCAUCGUGGACAUCGAGGACACUGGCGAGGGUAUUCCUGCUUGUGAUCAAGAGCGCAUUUUUGAAGCAUAUGAGAAGGUCGACCCACACUCAGCAGGUGCUGGCCUUGGCCUCACCUUGGCUUCAAAGUUCGCAUCCCUCAUUCAUGGAACAAUUCAAUUGGUUUCAUCUAAUCUAGGCCAGGGUUCUCAUUUCAGGGCGACUUUUGACCAAAUCGACUGUUGUUUUUCGGAUUCCCCCUCUCGACCUAUCGCGCAGAAGCUUGAUGACAUGCCGUUGCGAUUUUUCCAACUCCAUUGUGAAUCAGACUUGCGUCUUGGUGACCGAUUUGCGUCAUUUUUAUCGCGCAAUGGCUAUUCACGAUCUCAGAGCCCAGAAGAUUGCUUGAUCGUCUUCGAAGCUGGGUACACGAUGGAUCAACAUCACGAAAAGCUCGCCCAGAUCGGCCAUGACCAAGUGGCAAUCUGCCUCGUUCCGGAGAAACAGAUUUUCCAACAAAAGGAGAACAACGUUAUAUACAUUCACGGUCCUUUCAGAACCUCGACCUUCCAUUCAUCCCUUCAAAAGGCACAUGAAUAUCGCCGACUUCGCGUUGCUCAGUCCAACGUCAAAUCCAAAGAUCAGCUCAAAGAACCAAAACACAUUGCUCUCAAAGACACUGAAGAAGUUGAUGCCAGAUGGGAACUUGCGUCAUCAAAUGCCAUAUUAAAUGAAGUCUCUCAAGAUGUACAAGAAAUUGCAUCAUCUCCACCACACACCUCCAACCUCAACGCAACGUGCCUGUUAUCGGCCUCUCCUCCCCCACCGCGAACUUCAUCACGUCCCCUCACUUUGAUUGUCGACGAUAACUUUGUCAACCUCCGUGUGAUGGAGAGUUACUGCUCCAAACGAAAGCUACCCUACCUUUCCGCCAUGAACGGACUCCAGGCCGUCGAAAUCUUUACUAAGCAUCAAACACAACAUCAGGAGGAUGGAGACCCGCAAAUUGAAAUGAUCUUCAUGGAUUUGCAAAUGCCAGUCUGCGGGGGCGUCGAGGCUACACAACAGAUCCGAGAGCUUGAAAGUAGCAACGACUGGAGCAAAAGUCUCGUCUUUGUCAUGACGGGACAGGACAGCCCGUCAGACAGAAAAGCCACAGAACUGGUUGGCGUGAACGAAUACUUUGUAAAACCGGUCGUGGUCAAACAACUUGAUCGCGUCGUCAAGACCUAUUUCCCCUCCUUCAUGGAGAGCUAA